AUGAACUCCGAUCAAUCCGAUGAUGAAAGCACCUCUGAAGCUUUUGUCGACGCCGAAGAGAAUUUUGAUGACAACGGCGACGGCAACGAAGGGGGGAAGAAAUCACACAUGACCUCAACUCCACAUUCGAUCGCCGUUCCAUCAUCUUCGCCCGCUGAAUUCCCUUCCGCGCAUGAAUCCAACAAUGUUCAUUCGGAUUCCACGCCCCCGAGUAAGAGCCCGCCCGUUGCCAUUCCAGAAAUUUCGGUAACCGAUAUGUCCGAAAAUAAAAAUGUCAGGGAGGUGAAAUCUCGAGGAAUUGUCGAGAGCGAUUUCAGUUCUCCGAAUGACCCUGAGGACAAAGCAAAAAGCACGGACAACCUGGAAGGUACGCGUGUUGAAGAUGAAUCUUCUGUAAUCAAUUAUCAAUCAAAUAAUAUCAUUCAAUUUUUGAUUGAUCCAGGAGUCGAAGAUGAACCUGUCGACAUCACAGUAUACGUCAAGGAUCUAGACACCGGCAAAAAAAUCCCCGCAUCUGAUCUGGAAGAGGAAAUAAGAAAAUCCAAUGGAGGCAUCGAUCCAUUAUCUUUCGCGAUAAUGAGGAGGAACAGUGAUAUUCAUGAUGACAAGAGUCAUAGUGAUGAGGACGAAAGAUCCAAUAGAAACCCCAAAUCGCUUUUGAAACGUUUGAAGAAGCGAUCGUCACGUCACGAAAAGGAAGAGGACGAUGGUGAGGGGGACGAGCCUGGCGUUACCGGAAAUAAUGCACCGGUAUUCUCGGAAAACCUUGGCGGUCACGAAAGUGCUCAACCACACUACAUAAAAACGCGCACGAGGCAUAAAAAGGUGAAAGAGUUUGACAAACUAUUUUUAGCUCAGGAGCUAAACAACCCAAUUUCGAAUGAACAUGGUGAAGCGAAUUUAGACAACAGUGCCAUCUGGACCAUGAAAUUCAGUAAAGAUGGAAAAUUCUUGGCGACAGGAGGUCAGGAUACGGUCGUCCGAGUUUGGGCAGUGAUCUCGAGCGAUGAAGAGCGAGAACACUUUCUUGAAGGAAAUGGAACUAGCGUAUACGAGAUGACCAGCGGAGCCAAGUUAAGGGCACCGGACGAUCGUUUCUUCCUGUCGGGUUCGUUGGAUUGUAAACUACGUUUGUGGAAUAUACCGGACAAGAGAGUCGCCCAUUGGAAUGAAACUGCCGAUCAACAUCUGAUAACUGCCGUUGGCUUUACCCUUGACGGGAAAAUGGCGGUGGCAGGAAGCUUUUCCGGGUUAUGUCAAUUUUACGAGACAGUAGGGUUGAAAUAUAACACACAAAUUCACGUGCGAAGUGAGUUUGAGGGUUCAGUCGAUUCCGGUUUACAAAUUAUGGGCGCCUCAUCAUUUUCUUUCAUCAGUGAUGACGGUCGUUAUAUAAUAAGUGGCUCCGAGGACAGGCAUAUAUAUAUAUUUAGAACGGACCAAUCUAGCAUGAACUCUGGUCAUGGUGCUACUGGAAACAGUUGGCUAAAAAAGGAGAAAUGCAGUUUCGAAAGUUUCGAAGCUCACGGAGCCACCGUGACGGUUUCCAUCUUUGCACCCACGCGCACAAAACAGUUGAUCGGCCUUUGCGGGGACCCAAUUUUUGCAAAAACCAUAAAUCACGAUACUUCCAUUUCACCCGACAAGCAAACUUAUCCUGACGAUGUAUCAGUAAAUGAAAAUGACGAUGACGCCGAACAAUUUCAAUGUGAAUGCGGUUCAACCGAGUUCAAAGCCUUCAUCAGCAAAGGGAAAUCAAAACUUGUGUGUACUAAUUGUCACAAAGCUGUUUAA